UUCCGGUGUGAGCGGUGGUGAUUGAUUUCCCCCGGGGCGGUGCUGGACCUCUCUGAGACCCACCUGAGUCCGCACCGCCCAAGCGGGCAAGCCUGCCAUCGCUGCCCCGACACCAGGGACCAUGGCCACGGAUUCUUGGGCCCUAGCAGUGGACGAACAGGAAGCCGCGGCUGAGUCGUUGAGCAACUUGCAUCUUAAGGAGGAGAAAAUCAAACCAGAUGCCAAUGGUGCUGUUGUUAAGACCAAUGCUAACACAGAGAAGACGGAGGAAGAUGAGAAAGAGGACAGAGCUGCUCAGUCUCUACUCAACAAGCUGAUCAGAAGCAAUCUUGUGGAUAACACCAACCAAGUGGAAGUCCUGCAGAGGGACCCGAGCUCCCCGCUCUACUCAGUGAAGUCCUUUGAAGAGCUUCGCCUGAAACCACAGCUUCUCCAGGGAGUCUAUGCUAUGGGUUUCAACCGCCCUUCCAAAAUACAGGAGAAUGCAUUGCCUUUGAUGCUUGCUGAACCCCCACAGAACUUAAUUGCCCAAUCUCAGUCUGGGACUGGCAAGACAGCGGCCUUUGUGUUAGCCAUGCUCAGCCAAGUAGAGCCUGCAAACAACUAUCCCCAGUGUCUCUGCCUCUCUCCAACCUAUGAGCUUGCUCUUCAAACAGGAAAAGUGAUUGAGCAGAUGGGCAGAUUUUACCCUGAACUGAAGCUAGCUUAUGCUGUUCGAGGCAACAAAUUGGAGAGAGGUCAGAAGGUCAGUGAGCAGAUUGUCAUUGGUACCCCUGGCACUGUCCUGGACUGGUGCUCCAAGCUGAAGUUCAUUGACCCCAAGAAGAUCAAGGUGUUUGUUCUGGACGAGGCUGAUGUGAUGAUAGCCACUCAGGGCCACCAAGACCAGAGCAUCCGCAUCCAGAGGAUGCUGCCCAGAAACUGCCAGAUGCUGCUGUUCUCUGCCACCUUUGAAGACUCCGUGUGGAAGUUUGCCCAGAAGGUGGUCCCCGACCCCAACAUCAUCAAGCUGAAGCGUGAGGAGGAGACUUUGGACACCAUCAAGCAGUAUUAUGUCCUUUGCAAUAGCAGAGAGGAGAAGUUCCAGGCCCUGUGCAACCUGUACGGGGCCAUCACCAUCGCCCAAGCCAUGAUCUUCUGCCAUACCCGCAAAACCGCUAGCUGGCUGGCAGCCGAGCUCUCAAAAGAGGGCCACCAGGUGGCGCUGCUGAGUGGGGAGAUGAUGGUGGAGCAGAGGGCUGCAGUGAUCGAGCGCUUCCGAGAAGGCAAAGAGAAGGUUCUGGUGACCACCAACGUGUGUGCCCGUGGUAUUGAUGUUGAACAAGUGUCUGUGGUCAUCAAUUUUGACCUUCCUGUGGACAAGGACGGGAACCCAGACAAUGAGACCUACCUGCACCGCAUUGGACGCACGGGCCGCUUUGGCAAGAGGGGUCUGGCCGUGAACAUGGUUGACAGCAAGCACAGCAUGAAUAUUCUCAACAGAAUCCAGGAGCAUUUUAAUAAGAAGAUAGAAAGAUUGGACACAGAUGAUUUGGAUGAGAUCGAGAAAAUAGCCAACUGAGGAGCUUCUCCAUGGGCUGCCGCCACCCUCAGCGCUCCCUGCCUGGGAGUCUAGUGCUUUCAUGGCAUCGGCCUUGACGGGCACCUCAGAGACCGCGGUCUGAGUAGAAACUACCUACCUCAUUCGGAAUUACGUUUGGACUUGACAAAUUUGUGCAAAUGAUGAGGGAUGGUAGAAAACUUGUUUACACAUUUUAGAGAUUAGGCAUGAAUACACAGAAAUUUACCUUUUACAA